CUUCACGCAGACACAUUUCACUUUCAUCUGUCAUCCAAGACAAUCAACAAGAGAACCAGGAUGUCCAUGAAAGGUUCAAGAGGAGGACCAGAUAGCAGACCAUCCUCUGCUGCCAGCGUAUCUCCAGGAGGAGGGAGGGCGGCAUCAGCUGGACAAUCGCCCUCUAUGGGGAAAUUCAAAAACAAGGCCUUUCAGCUUAGCCUCACCAAGAAAUUCUGCUCGAAGUCCCCCAACGCCAAGGGGAAGAGCCCUGCCGGGGAGGAGGACGACGGGCGGAAGAGUAAAAGGAGCCUCAGCAACAGCUCAGCGGUGGCCGCUGCUUACAUCUCCUAUCUAAAUAAACUUUUUGGACAGGAGCGGGAGCUGAUGCCAGGGGAGCUAGAUGAGCUGCAAGAGGCCUUUAAGGAAUUUGACUACGACGCGGAUGGCUUCAUCCAUUAUAAAGACAUUGCUGACGCCAUGAGGACCAUGGGCUACAUGCCUACAGAGAUGGAGCUUAUUGAGAUCAUCCAGCAAAUCAAGAUGAAAUGGGGUGGUCAUGUAGACUUUGAUGAUUUUUGUGAGUUAAUGGGGCCAAGGAUGCUGGCUGAGACAGCUCAUAUGGUUGGACUGAAGGAGCUCCGCAGUGCUUUCAAACAGUUCGACUGUGACGGUGAUGGAAAGAUCACUCUGGACGAGCUGAAGGAGGGAACGAAGACCCUCCUCGGGGAAAAGCUGAAGAAAGGCGAGCUGGAGGAGAUCCUCAGCGACAUUGACCUCAACAAAGAUGGCUCCAUUGACUUUGAUGAGUUUGUUAUGAUGCUUUCCACACGAUGACGGCCGAUGGAAGGAGAUGGACCCAAACAUUCAAGACCACUGUGUUCUUCCUUUUAAUUGCUUCUUUUGUUGCCAGAAUGUAAAAUUAUCCCGUUACAGAUGUUUUUCUUUAUUUUUAUAUCCAGAUUUGGGGGUUUAGUAAGUGAACAUAGACGUGAGUGAAACAUGCUGCAGGAUCGCCCCCCUGUGGCUGGCACAUGUACACAUUCCUCAAAAUUGAUGGCAGUGAGUUUAUUCUCUAGGGAUACAGUACAUGUCCAUCUUUUCAGGUGGUUAAUUAUAUAAGUAAAAGUAAAUAUGUUGUAGAUUUGUAAAGAUAUAUAUAUAAAUAUAUAUAUAUAUAUAUAUAUAUAUAUAUAUAUGCAAUAAUUUUUUU